GCUCCGGCGGCGGCGGCCAAUCAGAAGAAGGUUACCUGCAUGUUCAUCCCAGACGGCCAGGUAUCCAUCAGCGCCCAGAUCGACAGGAAGGGCUUCUGCCGCGGCGAAGACAUCUGCAUCCACGCCAAGUUCGAGAACACCUGCUCCCGCAUCGUAGUCCCCAAGGCCGCCAUCAUCGCCAAGCACUCGUACGUCGCCGACGGACGCACCAAGGAGUUGCGUCAGAAGCUGUCGGCGGUCCGGGGGAACCACAUCAUCUCGGGGAUGUGCGACAUGUGGCAGGGGAAAACCAUCCGGGUCCCCAAACUGAAGCCCUCGCUGCUCGGCUGUGACAUCAUCAGGGUGGACUACGCCCUCAUGAUCUCUCUGCACAUCCCGGGCAGCGAGCGCCUGGCGGUGGAGCUGCCCCUGGUGAUCGGGACGGUCCCGUUCAGCGGCGUGGGGAGCCGGACCAGCAGCAUGAGCAGCGCCGCCGAGUCCGUGAGCAGCUGGUCCUCGCUGCCCUCGGCGCCCCCCAGCUACAGCAACAUCCACCGAGACCUGCGCCAGCCGCUGCUGCUGGACUACGAUGGCGCCGAGGACGCCGAGGGCGAGGGGGAGGGGGGGCUCUACAUGAGAGCUCCGCAACUCUACCCCCCUCCCCCCGCAUACACCGAGGUAACAACACUACUAUCAGAGAGGAGCAGGGCUAAUGUGUAUGGGGGGGGCUAA